AUGUUUCUUCUACCCAUCGACAAUUACGCUCGCCCGGUCGCCCGAACUCCUCUUCAGAAAUCUCCCAGCGAUCCCAACACAAGCAACGGGGUGAAUGGCAAGACUGCAAUUGCGGAUGGAUUCAAGGCCGUGCCAUCUGAUAUGGACGUCCCAUCUGCUAUGGCCAUGAAUGGCAUGCUCUCCAACAGUGCCGCAGCAGCCCUGGCGAACACAUCUGCACUACAUGCCCAUAUUCAAGAGAUGACCACCAAAAGAAUAGCUACGUUGGAAUAUCUGCGGAAAGCCCACGAGGGAAGAUCCUUCUGGUUCAACACAGUGCGGUUUGCAGAAGCCGACAUUUGCAAAUUGCCCUCCUACACUGUCACAAGACUAUCUCGACGGGCUAUGAACUAUAUGCUUUUGGGAAUGUCAUUGCCCAUCAUCAUCGAUGUGCACCCGCAGUCUCAUGCCCAGAGCACAGCGUCCACGAUGACAGCAGUCGCACAAGACUAUCUAAGGAGCCUCAAUGCACUACUCACCGAAUUUGAAUCCUUCCAACAACUACAUCCUCCUGACGGAAGUACCGCAAGCUCCCUGAGUCGAGCCCGCAUUCCACAAAUGUUCAAGAGAUCAGGCACGAUAGCAAGACCUCGAAAGUCAAGUGGACCAGUCUCUGAGAUUGGUCUACCGAUGCAACCUCCCACCUCCUCACCGCCGAGCAUGCCAGAGGGUGGACAUCAUCAUGUAUCACAUCCUUCUAUAGACACCACUGCUACAGGAUUGACUUUAUCUUCCACCGCAACGACACUUGUCACUCCCUCCCCCUCCGCGCCGUUGUCCUCUGGCAAUUUCCCCAGCGCUUCGGCUUUCCCUCCUCCAGGGCCGUCCGACGCACCCAAUUCGACUUUACUCACCAAUGAAGGGCCCUACACUUAUCUUCAAACACCCCCUUUACCCUUCACCCCGGACUUCUUCACUGUUUUUGCCACACUAUGUGACGUCCUCAUCGAUACCUAUCAGCGGUUGAUGCAGAUUUUGACAGGCCCCAGUGCAUGCACGCCACUUGUGAGCGAUCUAUUUAACAAAGUGGAUGCUCGAAUAAGAAAAGUGAUGAUUUCAGCUGUUGUCAGGGAAUUUGAGAGCGCUUCACGGGAAAAUGCAAAGAGAGAGCUGAUGGGCGUGCAAAAGGUGGUUCUGGUUGGAUUGAUGGCGUAA